CUAGUAGAGAAUACUAAAGCUAAGUAUAGUAUAGAAGAUAAAGACACAUAUAACUUUAAGAAGUCUAGCUUUAUAAUAGGCGUUAUAUUAACAGGAGCUGUUGUUACAGGCUCUAAGCCAGCAUCGCGGCCAGAGCUUGUUCAGCCAGGUGAUCGUGAGUGGGUUACCGUUAUCCAGAGCAUCUGCGCCGCUAGGUAUGCAACCCCACCUUUUAUUAUCUACAAAGGACGCGUCUACAUCUCUGCCUAG